AUGCCAUCCACUAUAACCACCAUGUGUUAUGUCACCGAUAGACAAGAAGUGACUACGAAUAAGGCUCUCACCAUCGUCAAGGCUUCUGGAGUAAUGCGUAUUAGAAAUAGUACUUCUCCCUUGAAUGUCCUCUUAAUUGGAUUUUAUUCUCAAGAUGAUGACACCCCAGAUCCAACUUUAGCGACUUUUUCGUCUGAAGAUGUACUUUUGGUAUCUGGGAAAUUUAGAUUCGUAGAUGAUGUAGAUGAGACUGGAAGAAAAUUUCCUAUAUUAAAAAUUGUUCUACACCAUGUUGUUCAACUUCUCAUUGAUCCAAGUGACUUACCUGCGUUUCCCCUUUUAAUUAAUAUGACUGCUAUCAUACUUGAACCUCCACGAAUUGAUCAUGAUCAUGAUGAUGUUAUAUUAGUUGUAGAAACAAAGGAUUUCAUGGAUCAAGAUCAUACUAGCCUUAUAUUAGAAUGUUAUCAUCAAAAAACAGCUCAGCAUCUUACUCCAACUACUACCUCUGCAAAAAAAGGUUCUACUCUUUUUAUGAAUGGAGAACUCUUGGUUGACGAAAACUCUUUUAUUGUUCAUCUCCGUGGCAUAAACUUUUGUGAAUAUCAAAAACUGACUAAUGCAAAAAAUCUAACUAAUCUUCCAUGGUUACAUAAGUUAGAUGAAACUCCAACAAGUAAUUCAAGUACAGAAAAAAGUACACGAACGAUCGCAUCGAGAGUUAAAGGUGGCAGAAGAAAAAAGGUGCCAUCUACAACAAGAUCUUACAUUAAUCUGAAAGAUCACCCAAAAGUAACAGAUCUUGCUAAAAAAGCGUUAAGCCAAAAUCAUGAUAUUCCUGAUCUCUCCGCCCCUUAA